UGCGAUAUCAAUUUAGCUUUAUCUUUUAAUCUUAUACUCCUCUUUACCCUUAUGGUCCCUGCAGAAGCAAUGUUUACCUCGGCUUCAGCCAAAUAAUGAAGUGGUAAAAGGUCGGAGAGAAACCCAAGAACAUUAAGGAAAAAUAGACUCAUACAAUGGGAGGCAACACAAGUUCAAAUAAGACGCCAACCUCAGAACCUACGACUUCAACCGCUGGAGAUGGCAUCAAGUCAAUCAGGACUACAAAUGUUUUCAAAGCAGUCAAUUUUGAACUUUAUGUUAAACCAAACAUAGCAGUGAUGACAUUUGGAGUUGUAGCAAUUCUUUGCAGCACAGCUUAUCUUGCGUAUAUGAAGGCAUCGAUGAGGGAAAGUAAAACUUAUGUGGCCAUUGCUGAGGAUGGAUCCCAACAAUUGACAAUAAAGAAAUCAAGAUGGGAGUGAUUACAUUGGUUAUUAAAUAGCUGUGUUUUAAUAUUGUUGUACAGAAAAUAAAACUAUUUAAUGUAU